AUGAAUAUGUUGGAUGAUGAAGAUGAUCAAAGCUUUCACGCUACGCGUGACGGCUACUCCCAUUUGAGCGAUGUCGAAUGGGAUGCGGUUGAACGAAUGGGUUCGACCAUGGGCAUCCAUGCUGUUAGCGUCAUGCUAGAGGCUCUCAAUAGAGAUGCCCAACAUGCUACUAUCACCAAGUUCAUUCAAAAUGAACUUGACGCAGAACGCGAGAAAGUAGCCUUGCUUCGCCAACAAGGUUCUCAACAAGCAGAGUUGUUGAGAGAACAAGGUGCUCAACAGUUUGAACUAUUGAGACAGCAGCAGGCUGCUGCUGGCGGGUCGAUGCACUCGCGUCGACCCGAGACCUUGAAGAUUGACAUCUCCAAGUAUAGGGGGGUCGAAGAAGACUCCCUCUUGAGAUGGUUCGUCGAAUUGGAUGACGCCAUAAGGGCGCGUCGCAUCGACGACGGGGAUAUGCAAGUUGCAUUUGCCCAGUCAAAUCUGGCAGGACGUGCCAAGACUUGGGCACUGGGGCUCAAGCUGCACGACCCAUAUGCGUUUGGGUCGUUGGAAGUCUUCAAGUCGCGACUCAGACAAACGUUUGAACCGCUUAGAGCUGAGUUCAGAGCUCGAACCGAACUCUUGAAGCUCAAACAGGGUAAGCGUGAUGUGCACGCUUACGCUCAACAUGGUCUUGCGGAUGGUCCCGUCAAGACUCACCUGUUCCGGCUUGAACUAGGUUCGCUAAAACAAGCCAUUUCCAUUGCGGAGCAGGAAGACUUCAGUCUGAGACAGGCUCGCGCCAGCUCGACAUCAUAUCGUCAACCGAGACGAUAUGACAGCGGAGGUCCAGAGCCGAUGGAACUCUGUUAUGUAGAGAGCGAGAAGACUCGCUCUACAGACUACAAGAAGUUGCAGAAAUUCAACAGAUAUCAAAAGACAGGACACUACGCUUACGAGUGUAGUGCCCCUCGUCCAGUGUAUCGCAACACAGGGCAUAGUGAUCGUUCACCCAUGUGA